CUCCAAAGUUACAAACCAGUUUUUGAGAGCACCGCAUGUGGCACUGGCAAAUGAAUAUGGAAAAAUUUUGGCUGAUGCAAUAUUGAAUUUAGUACAAUUUCGUAAAUAUUCUUGCUAUACUAAUUUUUUUGCUACAGUUUAAAAAUAAUCACUUAAAAAAUGGCAGAAGAAGAUGCGAUGUUCGAUCCUACUCUCAUAAAGAAAAAGAAGAAGAAGAAGACUGCUUUUGAUAUCGAUGCGGCUUUAGCAGAAGGCUCUGGGGAUGCCAUCGAAAAUGUAAACAACUCAAUCUCCAAUAAUGUGGCAGACGAUAACAAAGAGGAAGAUAUUGACGAUAAUGUUGAUAUCGACUUAGAUUUUAGUAAAAAAAAGAAAAAGAAGAAGAAACCGUUCAAUAUGGAAGAAUUAGAAAGUACUCUCCCCGAUGGAAAGGAUAAAGAGGAUUCCGCUUUAGAUAACAUCACGAACCAAGAUGAUUCGAUAAUGGAUGACAAUUUCGAUUUAGACUUCAGUAAAACGAAGAAGAAGAAGAAAAAGAAGAAAGAUUUAGAUGAGCUCAUAGCCGAAGCUGAUGAUAAGCAAGAUGAUAAGGAAAAUGUGGAAAGUAUCCCCGAAGCCGUUGAAGAUUCUACGGUCUCGUGGACGGGUUCCGAUCGAGAUUAUACGUACGACGAGCUAUUAAACCGAGUUUUUGAAAUUAUGAGAGAUAAAAAUCCUGAUAUGGUAGCCGGUAAGAAGCAGAAAUUCGUCAUGAGACCUCCGCAGGUUGUCAAAAUUGGAACGAAAAAGACUUCCUUCGCGAAUUUCACGGAAAUUUGUAAAACGCUUCAUCGGCAGCCGAAACAUUUACUUGAUUUCUUGCUUGCCGAGUUGGGUACUAGUGGAUCUGUGGACGGAAAUAGCCAAUUGAUUAUUAAAGGUCGAUUUCAACAGAAACAAAUUGAGAACGUCUUGAGAAGAUAUAUAAAAGAAUACGUGACCUGUCACACGUGUCGUUCGCCGGAUACAAUUUUACAAAAAGACACGCGACUUUUUUUCCUACAGUGCGAAACGUGCGGAUCGAGAUGUUCCGUUACAAGCAUCAAGUCCGGUUUUCAGGCCGUUACAGCAAAACGUGCUGCCAUUCGUGCAAAAACUUCUUAAGUACACUUGCUGCAAUAUUUUGUAGGUCGAAACUUUGUUAAUUUAUUAAUUCAAAAUUAAUAACGGUUGUAUACAUUUAUAAAAACAUGUUGUGUAUGUACUCAGCGAUAGUAAAACCUAUAAUAGAUUUUAUAAAAUCAAACUAACAAAUACAGUGGAUGAUAUAAUU